GUCUGUCGGUAGACCGCUAUUAUUUUCUUUCAUUUUAUCACCACAGAAAUUUCAAAUUGUUGUUUUAGUUGCUAGCUCGCUAGCUAGGUUUGGAAAAAAAUAGGUCUCUAGUCAAAAAUCUCUAACUUACCUUGCCUUUUUCUCUCUAUAAGGUUAACGUUACUUCGAUACGUUCAAGAUGAAAAUAUUAUUAAUUGGACCUAGCGAGUGUGGGAAAACAGCAUUGGCCAAUUUCCUGUCUGACACAACAGAGACAAUCGGAGCGGACUACAGCCCUACACAAGGAGUAAGGAUACUUGAGUUUGAAUCGCACAAUUUAUCUAAUGGCAACAAAAAUUCAGCAUGUGAAGUGGAACUAUGGGAUUGUGCGGGAGAUUUCAAAUUUGAAUCAUGCUGGCCAGCUUUGAUGAAAGACUCCAAUGGAGUAGUUAUUGUGUUUAACCCAGAUGUGCCCAGUCAUCUCAAGGAAAUAGAGACCUGGUACUCUACAUUCAUCUUCUCUCAGGGUCUACAAGAGGCCCAGUGUCUGCUCAUUGCACAUCAUAAACCAGGGAGCGGGGCUGACACUAACCGUCCACCAUUAGCCCCACAGUUAAACAAGUUGCCGCUCAUUCACUCAAACCUCGAGGAAGAGCCUGAAGAUGUCCGAGAGGAGUUCCACAAAUACUUGGGAAAUGUUAUGCGGGUGCUAUCAGAAAAACAGGAGCGAGAAGAGAUGUCAAUUAUUACAUAAUUUUGUAUAUAAACCAAGAUAAAUGUAUAAUCUCACAGAAUAUAUCCACAUGCAUUUUUCUUUGAAAUUUUGUUUUCCCCCCACAACUGCAUUAAAAUCACUUUGACCUGGUAAAAUA